AUGUCUGGCUCGACAUCUUCCCAUGGUCAGGUGACCUAUACCAACACCAACAAUACUGGCAAAAGAGCGACCUUCGCCGUGCGUGUGUCAUCCCUCAGACGGAAAUUUGUCCUCAAAGCGGAGAGGAUUCAUACUCGAAUCCCAGCAAUUAAGAAGAUUCCGUUGUCGGCUCUCGGGAUUAUCUCGUUGAUAGCAUUUAUCAACAUGUUGGUGUGGGCUGCGUGUGGUAUUGUACUGUGGCACAGGUCAUUGAUAUCCACGGCCGCAAUAUCGUAUUCCCUAGGGUUGCGCCAUGCUCUUGAUGCAGAUCAUAUCUCCGCAAUCGAUCUAAUGACCCGCCGACUACUUGCAAGUGGACAGAAGCCAGUCACCGUAGGAACAUUUUUCUCUCUCGGACAUUCCACAAUCGUCAUUAUAACAUCAAUCGUGGUUGCAGCCACCGCAGCAGCAGUAUCAAAUCGAUUCGGUAAAUUCAGCACCGUCGGUGGAAUCAUAGGCACAUCCGUCAGCGCCGCGUUCCUGAUCUUAUUAGGAAUCAUGAACGCAUACAUCUUGUACAAACUUGUGCAACAAAUGCGCAAAGUGCUUAGAUUUUACCGUCGACGACGGCAGUUACGCGAAAACAUGGAUGAUUCUGAGAUUGGCGAAGAUGAGAUGGACAUCUGGAAGAUUGAAGGAGGUGGAUUCUUGUUUUCGGUGCUGAAAAGGAUGUUUGUUCUUAUUGAUAGACCCUGGAAGAUGUAUCCUCUUGGGAUACUGUUUGGACUGGGCUUCGAUACAUCAUCCGAAAUUGCUCUGUUGGGUAUCUCAUCUAUUGAAGCUGCUCGCCAGGAUAGUUUUUGGGUGAUUUUAAUUUUCCCUAUUUUAUUUACAGCCGGAAUGUGUCUCCUCGAUACUACAGAUGGUGCAUUGAUGCUAUCUCUCUACAUCCAACCAGCCACAAACUUCCUCCCUGCUACAAAACAGCGAGAAGCAGAAGCAUCAGAAACCGAGCAAACAGAGGUAACACGACUGUCAGCUGAAGAUGACAUCGAAAACCAGCCAACAGCGACCACAACAAUCGAGGGGACCGAAUCCAACAAUCGCGACCCAAUAGCUUUCCUUUACUAUUCCAUCGUCCUCACAACACUAACCGUCAUGGUAGCCCUAGUCAUCGGUAUUAUCCAAGUGCUCAGUCUGAUAUUGAAUGUAACAGAUGCUACAGGGAAGUUCUGGGAUGGAGUGCAGACUGCAAGUGAUUAUUAUGAUGCUAUUGGUGGUGGGAUUUGCGGCUGUUUUAUUAUUGUUGGGUUGUCCAGUGUGGUUUGCUAUCAGCCGUGGAGGAGGUGGGUUGGUGUUGAUGUUAUUGAUGAUGGUAACCACGAGCAAACAGAAGUUUUUCAAGGAGAAAUCGAAAGACAAGAGCAUGAGACUGGCAAGGGGUUUACAGCCAAGUCUGGUGGAGGCAUAUCUGCGCGUGAGGUCCAGGUUAACCCAGGACCGAGCCGUGAUCUGUUCGACAACUGA